AUGCUCACCGAGUUCGGCUGUAUCUCCAAGUCUUUUCCCAAUGUGAGUGGUACCGACGGGCAAAUCUACAAAGGACAGCGAACAGUCGACCAAGCCCGAUGGCUGCUGGAAGAGAAAGAACUCCGAGAUCAGUUUGCGGGUGGCUUUGCCUUUGAGUACUCGAUUGAAAUGCAGAAUGCUAUUGGCGAUUCGCCGUACCCCUUCGCCCAAUGGGGGGCCCAAAACUAUGGCAUUGGUUACCUCUCGCCCGAGGAUUGCGACGAUGUAGACAUACCGUGCCAGUACAACCCAGAACCUUCUUUUGACUACCUCCAAGCCGCCUAUCGCAAUUCCACGGUCUUGGACCCCACAAACAUUCGCAACUUUUCCAUCCCCGAGACUAGGCAAAGCAGGACGACUUGCCCGUCCCAGUUCCCACCCAUCAGUUCUUUCAAGUGGAGGUCGGAUAGAGUGAGAAAUUUGAAGUGCCCUGCAAGUGGCAGCUCAUCGUCAUUCCAAUGUCCAGCAAACUUGAACGACCUACGCGUACAUCAGAGUGAUCGUGGUCAAAGUGGAUGGGUGGUUUUCUUGGAAUCGAUCCUGUUCUUGACAGUGUCGUUCGUGGUGUAUUCUUGGCUCAUGUCAUUCGUAGACAAAAUGAGUGAAUACCAAGAAGAGCGAGAACGAGACCAGCCCAGGUGGAUCAAGGUUGUCAUGCCGAGCGUAUCCACAAAAGAUACCGAUGGGGAUUCCUCAGACGAGAGUGCAGGGCUGCUGUCGAUGAAGGGCUGGAACUACUAUAAAAGCACUGUUCGCUACCAGUCUGUCGAUUCCGAUAUGAAAGAGGAAAGAGCUUUCAACCGCUACAGAGGUGGUCAAUCGUUUGAUUCCGAGCCGAACCAGCCAUCUAUCAUUGAAUCCGAUUUGAGCGACGAUUCCUACCAAGAUGGUGCGUGUGAGGACGGUGGGCAAAAUUGGCAGGGUGCACAAGACGCUUGA